UCAGACGUCACCGUAGAUUACAUAUUGAAGAACUGUCCAGCAUUUCUCGGUGGUGGCUGCCCAUAUGCCAAGCUUGCCCAAGAAAAGAAAGGCAUCUGUGACAAAUGUCCUCCUUUCAACAAUGGUUGCCCUUUCAAACAAUGCAAGACCGUUGGUGAGCUUCAAGACAUGAUGGGUCAGAUGCGUGACCAGUCCAAAGACGAAGCUCAAUGGAUCGAGUUUUUGAAGGAUGUCGUCUUUCUUAGUAAGGAAAAAAACAUAGAGUAUGGAACUGUCUCCCCUCCAAGCUUCUUCAAGGGUGGCUGCCCAUUUGCCAAAGACACUGCAGGAAUGGAGAUUUUGAAACCUGCAUACACUAUGGUAGGUAAUUUCGGUUUCAGCAUGAAACUAUUGAUAGAAACCAUCGAUAAAGAGCUUUCUAACGUAUAGCUUAGAUGCAGGGAUUUCUUUUCUUUCACUAGUUUUUGUAGGCAAUGCCAAACAAUUGUCACUGUGUAAUGUUUUUCCCACUUUCAGAGCAAAUCUCGAAACACGAAUCGUUCUACAGAAUCUAUUGCCUGAAAUGAAGAAAAUUAUGAUUAGCUUACGGCUGAUUUAGUUGAGCUGUUGUGUACCGUUUCCUAGUGAAUAUUCUUGUUUCUAGUUCAACUCUAUCUUCCCUUUAACCUGCAGUAUCCAUAUUCUUUGACGGUUGAAGAGAUCGUCAAGAAGUGCCCAGUUUUUGGCAAAGGUGUGUGCCCGUAUAAAGGUCUUGCUGAUGAAAUGAAAGGAAUUACCGGAAACUGCCCUGGUUUCAAACACGGAUGUCCUUUCAAGAACCUGACAACCAUGGGUGAGUACGUGGGCAAACUGGCCGACAUGCGAGAU